AUGGAAUCAGUUCUUCCUCUUGUCACGCUACUUCGGAAUGAGACUGGUCAUUCCAUUGAUUUUUCAAUUGAAGAAAGCAGUUGCCCGAUUCCUAGCAUGGGGCCCGGCGGACGGCGGCGGGUUAAUUUGUCUCAAAUCGUCAACAUUUGUCGCCGUCGCCAAUCGACAAGCUGGCUGAUUAAGGUUCUGAUCAACCAGAAGUUGACAGGGAUGACACUGGAACCUGGAAACUUCUUCAAGCAUGUGCAGAUUUUGUUCAAAUUUCGGAUAAAUGAAAAAGGAAAGCUUAUACUCAUCGCUGAAGGAAUCAAGGAAAAGAAUAUUGACAGAAUUCUCCGUCUCAGUAGUAUUGGAUUUUUGUUGGGAAGGAAUAUCAUUUGGAGUAGAAGAAAAUAUGUGCUAAUUGCAUAUGCACCUGUGGAAUCUCCAAUGAAUAUGCAGCAAAUGAGGGAGGAAAAUGGUUUGCGCCUGGAUAACGAUAGAGAUGCUUUUAUUCAGAGCAACAAAGUGGUGUCACCAGAGAGGAAGACAACCGCCACUUAUACACCAUUGGAUAGAUCCAAACACGAUACAUUCGAGACCAAAAUGUUAAAUUCAAGUCAAAUGGAACCCCUCGAGAGAGAGGGAAAUGGUCCAGAUUUUCACCACCACCACCAUCACUACCAGCAGCAGUUUACAGAGCACAUGGAAUAUGAGAAUGAUCAUCUGCCUCACUCAUCCCACAUUCCAAACAAGGACACCACCGACCACAUCUUUCUAAUCGUGUUUGCUAUACUACUUGUCGGUUUUGUUCAUAUCCUGCUACUGGGAUUCAAAUUUACUCAUUAA